GGGUCAACGGGACGGGUUGUCACAGAUAGCGAUGAUCAUAAUGAGGAUAAAUAUGUCCAAGAUUUGAAGGAGGAUGAAGAGGACGAUGAGAUGCAAAGUACUGAAGAAAUUCUUGAAAUAAAUAAUAGAGCAGAGAAUUACUCGAUUAACCACAAAAUAUCUUUUGAUCUUCGUGAUUUCAGUGGAACCCUAAUAAGGUGUGAAUUAUUCGAAACAUCGGCUGCAAAAUUCUACGAUACUUUAAAAUCUUUCCGUGGUGAUCGCUUGGUUUGUGUUAUUCGAUGGGCUCUAAUUGAAGUUUUCCAAGGAAAAAGAAGUAUAUCUUCUAGAGUUUGUACGCAAAUAAAACUCAAUUUGCAAGUUCCUGAGGUGGCGAAGAUGAUGGAAUCGUAAGAUUAUCCUAUCUGUUUAUGCUAUAUAUUAGAUGAAAAC